AUGUCAACUAGCCAAGUUCUUGUUGAGCGGCUUAUUCUUGAUCUAUUAGAUCCAAAGCUCAAAGAGCAUGCCCUUGCAGAGCUACGCAAGAAGAGAGAGUUAUUUCCGGAUUUGGCUCCAAUGUUGUGGCACUCCUUUGGCACAAUUAUUGCGCUGCUCCAGGAGAUUAUAGUAGUCUACCCUGCACUUUCACCCCCAACAUUAUCAUUACCUGCUUCAAAUAGAGUCUGCAAUGCACUCGCACUUCUUCAGUGUAUUGCAUCCCAUCCAGAGACCAGGAGACAUUUCUUACAAGCUCGUAUUCCACUGUACCUGUGUGCAUUUUUGCAAACUGAAAGCAAGACCAGACCUUUUGAAUACUUGCGGCUGACCACUUUGGGUGUCAUUGGUGCUCUUGUUAAGGCUGACGAUAAAGAAGUCAUCAAUUUUCUGCUGCAAUAUGAAUUUGUUCCUCUGUGCAUGCACGCCAUGACGACAGGCAGUGAGCUUUCAAAAACUGUUGCAACUUUUGUUAUUGAAAAGAUUGUCCUGGAUGAUGUGGGGCUUGGUUACAUUUGUGCCACCGCAGAUCGGUUCUUCGCUGUGGGAACUGCUUUAGCAAGCAUGGUCACUUCACUGGACGACAAGCCCUCCCCAAGGUUGCUGAAGCACAUUAUCCACUGUUACCUCAGGAUCACAGAAAAUCCCAGGGGCCUUGAGGCACUGCAGACCUCCCUUCCUAUCACACUGAAAGAUGGGACAUUCAACAACCUUGUUAAGGAUGACCCUACAAUGCAAGAGUGGCUCCAACAACUGCUGGUUAAAGUGACAAGUGGAAAAGUGGGAGGAUGGCCUCCUUCAGUUCUUGGUGGCCUGCCGAAGAUAUAA